GCAGAUUUCCACUAUCCAAAGACCCAAAUUGCUUUUCAGUCUUUGUCUAAAGUCUAAAAUAUCUCCAACUCUGACAGUAAUUUUUUUCCCCUUUCUACUCAAUUAUCAAGUCCACUCUCGAGCUCUGAAAUUCUCUCAGCUGAAAGAGAAAGAAAAGAAAAGGACGAAAUGGACGCUGCUCAAGAAGCCCACAACCGAGAAGCUUUCCGGCAGGCCGUCGUUAACACUCUCGAACGCCGUCUAUUCUACAUCCCCUCAUUCAAGAUCUACCGUGGCGUUGCUGGCCUCUAUGACUAUGGCCCUCCUGGUUGUGCCGUUAAGGCCAACGUCCUCGCCUCCUGGCGUCAGCAUUUUGUAUUGGAAGAGAAUAUGUUGGAAGUCGAUUGCCCUUGUGUGACCCCAGAAGUAGUGCUGAAGGCAUCGGGACAUGUUGAUAAGUUUACUGAUCUUAUGGUGAAAGAUGAAAAGACUGGGAAUUGUUACAGAGCUGAUCAUUUGCUAAAGGAUUUCUGUAAAGAGAAGCUUGAGAAAGAACCUAAUCUCAGUGAUGAGAAGAAGGCAGAAUUCAGGCAUGUUCUUGCAGUUUUGGAUGAUCUUUCUGCUGAAGAGUUGGGUGCUAAACUUAAGGAGUAUGGAAUUGUUGCUCCAGAUACCAAGAAUCCUCUUUCUGAUCCCUACCCUUUUAAUCUUAUGUUCCAGACCUCAAUUGGGCCAUCUGGAACGCUCCCAGGUUAUAUGCGCCCUGAGACAGCUCAAGGCAUCUUUGUGAAUUUCAAGGAUUUGUACUACUACAAUGGGAGCAAGCUCCCUUUUGCUGCUGCGCAGAUUGGUCAAGCUUUUAGGAAUGAGAUUUCUCCACGCCAAGGUCUUCUCAGAGUCCGUGAAUUUACACUGGCCGAGAUUGAGCACUUUGUGGAUCCUGCGGACAAGGCUCAUCCAAAAUUUUCUGAAGUUGCAAAGUUGGAGUUUUUGAUGUUCCCUAGGGAAGACCAGGUGUCAGGACGAUCAGCAAGGAGAAUUCCUAUUGGUGAAGCAGUUGCUCAGGGGAUUGUGAACAAUGAAACACUGGGAUAUUUCAUUGGGAGAGUGUACCUUUUCUUGACUUAUCUUGGGAUUGAUAGAGAUCGGUUGCGGUUCCGCCAACAUCUGGCAAAUGAGAUGGCACACUAUGCUGCGGACUGCUGGGAUGCUGAAAUUGAAUGUUCUUAUGGUUGGAUUGAAUGUGUUGGUAUUGCUGAUAGAUCAGCUUAUGAUUUGCGUGCUCAUACGGAUAAAAGUGGCGUCCCUCUGGUUGCACAUGAAAAACUUCCAGAACCUAGAGAAGUGGAGAAACUUGUUAUAGCUCCCGUGAAGAAGGAACUAGGCCUUGCAUUCAAAGGUAAUCAAAGGAUGGUGGUUGAAGCUCUGGAGGCCAUGGCGGAGAAAGAAGCUCUGGAGUUGAAAGCGACCCUGGAGUCUAAAGGAGAAGCAGAGUUUCAUGUUUGUACUCUUGACAGAGUUGUUACCAUCAAGAGUAAUAUGGUGACAAUCUCGAAAGAAAUAAAGAAGGAACACCAGAAAGUUUUCACACCGUCAGUUAUUGAACCUUCUUUUGGUAUUGGAAGGAUAAUAUAUUGUCUUUAUGAGCAUUCCUUCUAUACUAGACCUAGCAAAGAUGGGGAUGAACAACUCAAUGUCUUCCGAUUUCCUCCAUUGGUAGCACCCAUCAAGUGCACUGUGUUUCCACUAGUUCAGAAUCAACAGUAUGAAGAGGUUGCAAAAAAUAUUGCCAGGUCACUGACUGCUGCAGGGAUAUCAUAUAAGAUUGAUAUAACAGGUACAUCGAUAGGCAAGCGAUAUGCAAGAACAGAUGAACUUGGUGUUCCGUUUGCUAUUACAGUUGAUUCAACGUCAUCUGUGACAGUGCGGGAGAGGGAUAGCAAGCAACAGAUUCGUGUGGACGUAGAUGAAGUUGCAUCUGUGAUCAAGGAGGUUACCGAGGGCCAAAGCACAUGGGCUGAUGCAUUGUGGAAAUAUCCUACUCUCACUCAUCCUGAUUGUUCAUGAUUGAAUGGCGAAUAUAGAGUUUGAAGCUCAUUUUUCAGUAGUUAAAAACACAUAUAAAGACGUUAUUAUCUGAAAGACCUCAUUCAUACUUCUGACACAAGUUUAUUGAAUUUUGAAACGAAAUGUUUCUUCCUUUUUCUC